AUGUGCCAACUGACUCGGUCCGUUCACGUUUCUGUCAUGCCCUGCUUGUGCACUGGCACUUGUCCUGAAAAAAGCUUCGGUUUAACUCCAAGAUUAGUCAUGAAAGUACAACCGGUCAAUAUUCGUCCUUAUAAAUUGGGUCUCCUUGGUACCUACAACUAUUUUGAUAAUGUUAGAGCCGUUAGACUAAAAAAUAACUUUCCUAUCACAUUGAGCAUGUGCAUGGAAUUCUGCUUGGAAACGAACAACCCUUUCUCACGAGAACUGAAAUAUUAUUUCUGUAAUGGUCAUCCUGGAUCUGCGGAUCCCGUUAAUCAACAGAUGCUUAUUGACAGACUUGAGGCAAAGUAUGGCAUCACGGAAUCUGUCCUUGGUCCCAUUUUUUCUACUAUUUACACCUCUCCUAUUUCUAAUGUCAUUAACACCUUUGGCUUACUUUUUCAUCAAUACGCCGAUGACACAUCGUCUUCUGAGAGAUUGUUUCAGUUUGAUAGGAAAUCUGUCUAUGGAGUUAAACUUACCUUCUUUACAAAAUGGCUUGCCUGCCAUCAUUUGACAACAAUCAGCUAUCAAACAUUUAAGGAAACGAUUAAAGCACUUCUUGUUUAUCCAGGCCUACGGAAACGUCAAAAGUCAUCGAUUCCCCAAGCGCUCCUAAAGCUAUGCAUUGGAAGCAGGGCCGGCAUUAGGCAGCUUUAUUGCGAGCCAAUAGGGACCUCCUUAACCCUAACGGGACAUCUCUUUAGUUUGUAUAACCGAACCAACCUCUUAUCCAAACUAAUUUGUCACGGGGUGGUCCAUGUAACCGGCUUCUACUGUAUACGAACGCAUGCGAACAAGGACAAUGGUACGUGUGUUUGCAUUCCUGAGCUACCGGAGAAUAUUGAACUAAAGUCAUCAAAAAACACUGAUCACAUGAUAGCAACUAAUUGUAAAAAUUAUGAAAGUAUCAGUAUAGGAAAUAAUUAUUGGUAA